CCGGACUCAGUUACGCGGUGACCGGCCUUACGUGCGGAACUGUCUAAUGGUUUAACUACUCAGAAACAGAGCAUAUUAUGACAUAAAAAAUCGUUGAUACAUUUUAAUGGUUUAGUUAAUGAAUUCGUGAGGAGUAAAAAAAAUAUAAAACACAAUUGGUGGAUUUUAAUUGUCAACGGAUAUCGGAUUUUUUGUGAUUAAUUGUAAUUUCAAUUAAUGGAAGACAAUGGUUCAUUGACUAUUUGUGAUUGAUAAAAUCAACAGUUACUGGGUGACAUCAGCGAGUUUGAAUUGUAAGUAGAGUUUCAUCGAAAAAGUUAUCAAGAAAAUGAUGGAAUACCCAGCACUCUAUCACAAGUUGUCCAAAGUUUCAUUGACAAGCACGAUGUAACAGUGUUAUCCAAAUCCCAUCUCCAACCCUCAUAUGACUCUUGAUGUUAUUUCAUUUGUUUUUUUUUUGUUGAGAGUAAGAACAUUCCCAGUGUGAUUAUGAUGAUUUUGAGCACGUGGUGAGAGUUUGGAAAAACCCCUUGAGCACAUCCCGACACUUUUGUUGUCCUGAUUAUUGAAUAUUGAAUGAGACAUCAAUUGAAAGCACAAGUAGUUGGUUGGUUGUACCAGUAACAAGGUGCCUACGUCUCGUCGAAUGUAGGAAACCGAGGAUAAUUCACGAGGAGCAACAAUUUCACCAGUGGGAUUAUAACCGGAAGUGAAUGACUGAUGUCAAUCUGAAGAAGUAUCUUGGACAAGUGUUGGUGGUGUUGAAUCAUUGGAGGAUUUAAUCGUGUGGGCAUUGUCACACGUACUUGUCUGGAUAUAAUCAAGGGUGAAGAGUUAGCCGCAUGCGAGUCCCAAGGUCAGAGGUGUGGAACGAGAGGAUUUACAAUCGUCAGGACCUCAUCGGCAACGAUCGGGUCCUCAAUGCCAUUUGGAGGGACACAAGAGCACCACCAGCGACUCUGGCAGGUCGGUUGUGUCUCACGUCAACAAAUAUAUCAUAAGAGAAUUAAAUUGAAAAUUCUCAGAUGUAUUUAGUCAGUUUAUAAAUUUUUUUUUCAAUCAUUCCUCGGUGGUCUAUGUGGAUAAACGUUUAGUUUAUGCUUUUUUAAUCAUUGGACUAUUUUUUAAAAAUCUGCACUCGAGUUGAUAUUGGUUAUUUUUCCAUUGAAUGUCAUCUUCGUUAUGCAGUUGUUGGAUUUUUUAAAUGGAAUAAGGGGGGGUCAGUAGACGGUUAUAAGGACAUGACGGUGUUGGAGAUAUAUUGAGGGUGAAUUUGUUGGUUGGAAGAUUGUUGAGGUGAUUGUUUUAUCGAGAUAACGUUGAGGAUCAAGGGAGUGCGAAUAUGCGUACUGUCAGUGAUAAUGCCGGGACUAAAACAACUGUUCAACCCGUGACUGGGGGCAGUGGGUUGAGGGGUAGCGUUGGGGAUAGUCAUGUUGAUGAGUGUACUGUUGCUGCUCAUGUUGGUCCCAGGAGCAUUCACCAUGGUAUUGUUUACCCGGUCAACAGCCGGGUUGCUUUUGCCGAUAGCAACAAUAAUCAUGAUCAUCAUAGGAAUCUUGAGAGUCAGGAGCAGGGGCAUAAUGCUGAUGAUGCUUGGACAAAGUGGCAAUUGCAUACGCCGACUGGCGAUAACGACUGUGAAAAGGGAUUUGAGACCCAGAUAUUGGACUCCAGAGCCUCUGACGAGCAUCAGAGGCCCACGGUGCUAACUUGCCCUGAUCGUGGCUCAACAACUACUGCAAUCACGACGACCUCCACGACGACCACGGGCACUGCCUUCACGGUCGCAUCAAGUAUGCUUCUGCUGCAGACCCAGAGCCCAUUCGGAUGUAGCAGUUUUGCGGACCUCCUAAGUGCCCCUUAUACAGACCCCACGGAUGCAGCGAAUCUGCCCGAGGAGCUCGACCCCUUCCCCGAGCUACAGCUUGGGAAUCCCCAGAACGUUUCUGAAGACGUACCCAUGCAUCAGCAGAUGCAACACCACAGGCCGUUACCUGGCGAUGUUCAUACAGACUCACUCAGUCCCACCCCCUUACCGAGCUUUCAAGAGACUUACACAGUUCAUCAGCGUUAUACUCGUCAAGAACUGCAGAGUCUUGGUAUAAAAAUGGACGACGAGUGUUUCGAUGCACUGCAGUAUGCCUGCAAUGAUCCAACCUACACCGGUGAAUUUUCCACAACUGUACCAUAUCACCACCCCCAACAACAUCAUUACCAUCAUCAUCAACGCCACGACCAUCAUCAUAAUAGCACGGUACUUCAUCAACGAGACAUGUAUUCGAGUGUACCAAUGGCAACUGCCUACGGACAGCCACCAAGUCUCGUGGGUCCACAAUCUGCUCCAAGUCUCGGGGGUAACAAUGUCAUUCGAUCACGGGCUCCAAUGCUGCAGAGAUCUGAUUCUACAAGUAGUGGCAGUAAUCAGGAAUCGCCCAAGCCUCGAAGGAGCGGUUCAAGUGGAAAUCUCACUUCCAUACCGUCGCCAGGAGGCACCGAUCGUGCACCACAAAGUCCCAGUCAACUCUGUGCUGUUUGUGGAGAUACUGCCGCUUGUCAACACUAUGGUGUGAGGACCUGUGAAGGGUGUAAGGGCUUCUUCAAGAGGACAGUACAGAAGGGCUCAAAGUACGUCUGUCUGGCUGAGAGGGCAUGUCCUGUUGAUAAGCGACGGCGCAAUCGAUGCCAAUUUUGUCGAUUCCAAAAGUGUCUCAAAGUCGGCAUGGUUAAAGAGGUCGUCAGAACAGAUUCACUGAAAGGUCGUCGAGGUAGACUACCGUCCAAACCAAAAUCCCCUCAAGAAUCUCCACCAAGUCCGCCCAUAUCCCUGAUAACUGCCUUAGUCCGAGCGCACGUUGACACAACCCCUGAUUUAGCCAAUUUGGACUACUCACAAUAUCGUGAGCCCGGGCUCAACGAAGUUCCCGUUACCGAGGCGGAAAAAAUUCAACAAUUCUACAAUCUCCUGAUGACAUCGGUCGAUGUCAUUCGCAAUUUUGCGGAUAAAAUUCCUGGCUUCACUGAUCUAACUAAAGAGGAUCAAGAAUUACUCUUCCAAUCAGCGAGUCUCGAGCUCUUUGUACUUAGGCUGGCUUAUCGUACCCGAACCGAUGAUGCACGAUUAACAUUUUGCAAUGGAGUUGUAUUGACACGUGCACAGUGUCAAAGAAGCUUUGGAGAUUGGUUGCACGGUAUUAUGGAAUUCUGUCAGGCACUUCACACACUCGAUGUGGACAUCAGUGCGUUUGCCUGUCUCUGCGCUAUCACUCUUAUCACAGUUAGGCAUGGUCUCAAAGAGCCUCACCGGGUUGAACAGCUGCAGUCAAAAAUAAUAUCAUCCCUUCGCGAUCACGUGACAUACAAUGCCGAGGCCCAACGAAAGACAAAUUAUUUGUCACGACUACUCGGUAAAUUACCAGAACUCAGAAGUCUAUCAAUCCAGGGUCAUCAGCGAAUAUUCUACCUGAAAGUUGAGGAUCUAGUACCUGCACCACCCCUCAUCGAGACUAUGUUCGUCGGUACUCUACCAUUUUAAAAGGGAUCCAUAAUGAAUGUAAUGUAAUUAUCACCCGCCAUUUUGAUUUCUUUUCAUCCAAUGGAGACCUCAAAAAAGUUAGUAUUCGCACAGAAUUUUCUUGAAUAAAGGACACAUUUCCCAAGACGUUCAAUUUCACCGGUUCGCAGGGCGAAAUAGUGACAACCGUAAUAUUACCGAUAUUACGUUAAUAUAUUACAGUAAUUAAUAUUACGAUGGAGAAUAUUACGGAGAAUAUAAUUACGGGUUGAAAUAUUUAAGCUGUGAUUUAACCGCAUGAGGGAAAAUUUAAGAAUUUGCACGAAAAGCAGAAGCUGCGGAAAGCUAGACACCAGAGGAAUCCCGUCGUUUUUCUAACGCUAAUUAUUUGCGAAAAUAAUUCAAAGACCAAUAGUCAGGGAAAAGCUCGAGACUCUGGGGCAGUAAAAAGACUCUAUUUCCCAUGAAAAUAUAAAAAUGAAAUUAAUGCAUUAUUUCCUCCUACAUCAUAAACCAAAUUGAAUUAUGUAAUACUAUUUACUGUAAUAUCCCCAUCGAUUACCAAUGUACUCAUUAGCCAGGCGCUGAAAUUUGACACAGUUCUGUGGACUGUAUUUCUUUCAAUUUUUUCGCCUUCUGAGCUCCCCAAUUUUCUCGGUGAAAUGUGCUCACGUUAAAAAAAUUACUCCUGAAUUAAGAAUGAUGUUAAAAAUUCAGUAGUAAUGUUCUCAAUUUUUAAGCACAUUUUUUCAUCAGACGAAAUUCUCCCGAAUUCAAGAAAAAAAAUCUCUGAGCACCAAUAAAUGAAGAUGAUUAAAAAAAUCAAUAUCGUGGGGACUCUUUCAACAUAUCAGGACAGAACGAAGGGAGUCAAAAGGUUACCUCAAAGAAGAAUUUCAUUUCCCUUUGAUGUUUAUAAAAUACUCACAACGAGGCACAUUUUUAUUGCCACUAAAUGAUUAACAAAAUAAUAAUUAUUCGUGAAAAUUCGCGAACCCUUCGUACCAGUCCUCAUAUUUACAUAUAUGUGAUUUUAGUAUUUUAAGGGAAAGGUAUAUGAAACUAAACGGCGUUGUACUCGGAAGUGAUGUCCACUCCAGGGUUAAUGAUCAUUAGAUAGUUUUUAAAGGAGAAUGAAUUACCAUGAUAUGAUUUUAGUAGAUUUUAGGUAUUUUAAAGUAAUUGUAUAAAGAUAUACCUUGAUAGUAAGAAAAAACUUAAAUUGUUUCAUUUUUAUUAUUAGCAACGAUGAUACCGUGGCAUAAAGUUACCUUUUACGUUAUGAAAUAUUAAUUUUAAUCAAACUAACUUAGAUGAAAAAAUGGAUAAAUAAGUGACAUUUCUAUUUAUACGUAAUUUUAUGCUAUUUUACCAUUCGAACACUGUUUAUCUAUUGCCGCUGUUUUCACUUACUGUCUUCACUCCUCCAACAAAUGUUAAAAUAUUCUUAUCUAUUUUAUGCCCCCCUUUUCCCUUUAUCUGUCGAUCCUAAUGUUACAAUUUGCAUAAUGAAAUUAAUCACUUUUUCAACUACAUAUUUACAAUUUUCGUAAAUAAUAGUAAAAAGAUUAAGAAAAUAAUUAUAUCGAGAUGUUGAAUUCUCUUAAUCGUGCCUCCUCCCUAGAAAUUACUCUACAAUUUAAUAUAUUUCGAAAGAGAGAGAUGAAAAAUUUACAUGUUGUGUGUUUCUAUUUGUUUCUACACAUUUUUUUGACGUCAUUAAAAUGUACAAAAAACAGUUGGAUGAUUAUUAAAGCAUCGCUCCCUCAAUGAAUUCCCCCUCUAGUGCACAAAUGAAUUUCUCUCUUAAUUUGUUGUCAAUUCCCCAAAAAUUGCACAAAAUCGUUUCACUGUUAAAUCUCAAGAAUUAGAAAGAGAAUUAAAUACAAAUAAUUGUUGUAUCACUUAGGAUUUCAUGAGUCAUUUAUAAAGAGAGAUAAGAUCAUUAUGAUUUUCGAAAUAAUUAUUUUGAUGGUUGUUUUCCUUUUUGAAUCACGCUAUCCCACCACCUAAUCGUACAACGUAGGUAGACGAAGUUUUUUCUUAAAAAAUGAUAUGAAAAAUGGUGCAAAAAAAAACAUGAUAGAGUUGACUUUACACGAAUUUGUUACUUGUAUUAUACUGUAUGAGUUACGAAGAGUUUUAUGCAUUCAAUCGCCAAUGGCCUCAAAGAGUAUAUUAAAAAAUUGAAAGAAAAAAAAAGUGAAAAAAAAAUCCUCGAUUUAUACAAAACAAAAUUAUUAUUAUUUUUUAAUAGUGAUUGGCCAGUACUGAAUGAAUGUGCGCAUUUACCGUGAAAAUCGAUGAGAUUUUAAGAAUAUGAAUGUAUUUUUAGAGAAAAGGGAAUGGGAGACAAUGCCCUUGAGCACUGAGAAAAAAAAAAAACUUUUGCAUAACUAUUUAAUUGUGAAGAAGGAAGAGAUAUUAAAUUUUUUGUGGGACAAAUUUCUAUUAUUUUAUUAUUGCUAUUGUAUACCUGACAAUUUCGCACACGCGUGAAAAUGAACCUUCAAUAAACACAGUGACGAUUCAUCCUGCUGCGACCUGAUAAGAACAUUACUUAAUUAUCGAUUACAUUAACUAAUGACUAAUGUUACCACUUUAAUAUACGUAACAGGUGAGGAGUGAGGUAAUUAGAUUUUAAAGUAAGGUGGCAGUGACGUGAUGAUAUUGGUAGGGAAGUGGUAAAAUAUCAUUAUUUACCUCCACAACGAGUGAGAUUUUUAUAAGGAACUGUUAAAAGAUUUGCACAAUGAGGAAUUUUCUGGACUUCAGAAAAAUUCAUUGACUUUUCCGAUAAUAAUCGUUCGUUUGAAGGUAAAUCUAUAAUAACGGCAGACCUAAAAUCGAGGGAUUAUUGAAUUUCACUAAUCAGUUGGUAAAAAAAUUUUUGAUUUUUUAUUAAUACAGACUUUUUCAAGCCUCUGUUUUUAUUACUAUAAGCGGUGCUAUGAAUUAUCUUUUGUAACUGUUGGUAAUUUUUUUCAAGAUUGUUAAAUAAUUAAGAAACUGUAAUUGUCUGGUACUGUCUGUUCUAUUCGCCAAGUGCUGCUAACUAUCAAACGAUGCCCCAACUGUUUUCAAAGCAAAUCAGUGGCUUUAGAAUAAAAUUCAAAAGGUCUCUAAACAAUUUUUUCAGAUCAUUUCCUCUUGUUGAUUUCUGCCAAAUAAUCCCAUUCCUUAAUAGACUUUACCACUUCCUUAUUGGCCCCAACAAAAAAAAGGAUAAAUCGGUGCCAGUGCGAUACGCGAGGACUAUGAUAAUGCGCAAUAUAAAGUUGUAUUAAAAAUAAAAAUCAUGAGAAAAAGAAAAUUCAGUGACCUUUUUAAACACGUCUUUAUGCGUUACGGAGUUUACGCCACGCGCGAUCAACCACGAAUCACUGCUGUUAAGAAUACAUUAUAUGUUGUAUAUUAUAUAUAAAUUAAUAUCGAAGUAUAACGAUUGACUCUGUUAGGCGCCGGUCCACUGCUUUGUAUAAUAGUUGGCAAAAAUUACGAGGAAACAAAUUAAAAGAACAAUUUUCUGUUCAUUUUUUUUCCUGUACGAUACUCUAUAUCACUCGCGAGGAACAUGAUAUUCCACAUAAAAAGAAUCGCCUACGUGUGUUUUUGCAGAUGCGCGAAACAUUCAUGGAGAUGAAUAGCAAAAAAUUAAGUGAGAUGGGGUUAAAUGAAUUUGAGAAUGGAAACCUGAAGAUUGAUAUGGCAAUCGUCAUGGAUAUAUUUUAUAGAUGAAAAAUUUGAGAUAAAAAAUGAUAUAUUUAUGAGAAAUAAUUGAUAUGUGAUAUAUAGGGGAUAAGGCACGCAAAAACGCCCCUUGCAAAUGCUUUAUAACAAAUGUAUUCUACAAUCGUUUCAUUAAAUCCGAUUCAAAGUGAAGUUAUGGCUCUAUUUAUUUGUCAUUCCCCGAAACAGCUAUUUAUUUAUCGAUAAAUGAGUGAGUAUAAGUCUAGAGACUGAUCCUCCUCACAUUCUAAUGUGAGGAGUUUUGUACCU